CAAGCCAUAUACAUAGAGAGGCAUCCAGAGAAAGAGACAGAGAGAGAGAAGGAGAGAGGGGGAGAGAGAGUGUGUGCACGUACGUGUGAAAAAUGUGCAUGUGUGAUUGAGUGUGUGUGCAUGUAGUGAGAGAAGCAGACGCAGAGGAGGAGAAAUGAACGGCUGCUGAGAUACAGGAGGGCUAAAAGCAGAAGAAAAAUAGAGCGAUAGGUACCCCCCCACCGCCCGAGACCAGAACGAAAAGAAAGACCAGGGGGAUUAAGAAAGAGGUCACAUAGGUCAACGCAUAGAAACCGCUGACUGAAGGAGGAAAGAAGAGGUAUGGAGAAAGAAAUUCUCGAAGGAGAUGGUCAGCUGCAUAUGAGAAGAGAAGGAGCAGGCGUGAGAGAGUGAAAGACGAAAGAAUGAAAAGAGAGCGUUUGUCCUCGCGGUAAGAUGCCAUCCUGCGCCGUCACACCAAAGAGGAAGACGUGUGCCGUCUACGACGUUGUGAGGAGCUCAGAAAUUGGGAAAGGUUCAUGGACCAAAGGAAUCUUGGGGUCAGCAGUUAAAAGUCUGUAAACAGAAGACGGACACGGAGGCAUCCUUCAGCCUGUUAUCAACUGGGAGGACUGUCUGAAAGUUCAAACCUCCUUCACUCCCAUUUCUGAGGAAUUCAGACACCCUGGAGUGAAGGAAUCACUCCAGCUUUCUUAUAAAGAACACCUCCCAAAAAAGGACCUUGUCGUUCUUCUUAUCAGCAAGCCCCAAGAGGGUCAUACAGGGUCAAAAGAUCACACUGGGUCAAGAGCAAGGAGAGAUCAGAGGUUAUUUUUUUUACAAACACUCAAGAAUGUGUUUAAAACACCUGCUGCCAAAAAAACUGAAUGUUAACCUCUGACUUAAGUUUCCCUUGACAGGCCACAGAACGCUCGAACUUUGCUGAACUACCUGAUCACAACCUCACCACCAACUUGUACUGUAUGUAUAUAUAUUUAUAUUUAAGUGAGCAUCAGUGUGUGUAUAUGAGAUUAUUUAUCGCUGAGUAAGAACAUAUCUUUGUGCUAAAAUACUAAAUGUCCUUGUUUACAAGCAACUGCAAAUAUUCAUUACAGACAGCACAGAAUCAUCGGCAUAUGUGAGUUACCAGAUUUGAAAAAAAAAAAGGCCUUUAAGUGAUUAACACUGUUCAGAUUUUAUAAACUGGACUGUUAUAUCAUCUGUACAUAUCAGCUGACAGAGUGUAAGAUUAACAGAUAGUAACAGCUUCAGAUUCUGGUGCUCUGGCUGAGCUCUAUCUGUCUUCGCCUCACAAAGACUCAGGCUAACAGCAGCACCCGGCCAGGUGGCACCUCUGAGGGAAUCAUGAACGGAAUCAUCCGGCCUCAUGUUCCCUCGAAUGGCUGACUUCAGAGACAAACCUUGUCCACAUUUUCUAAACCAGGCAGGGGUGUCCAGCCCUAAUUAGAACCUCAGUCUAUCUGUCUUUCACGCCCAAAAAGCACGAAUGUCCUGCCUUAGGCGUCAGACCGUUACCAUCCCUAUGGACACCGUCAAGAUCAUCCAGUCGGAGAAGUUCCCCAGAGAGUGUCCUGUACCGGUCACACAGCCACGCUAUGCUCCGCCUCCCAGAGUGGCUUGGGAUGGUGGAGGUGAGGGUGAAAUCAUUGUCAAUCAGGCCUGCAGUGAUUUAACCCUGGAAAUGCCGGGGACUGGCAUUGUUCCACCCCGGCCUAUGGUGUCUCCUCCAGCGCCUGUGACUCACAGGGAGCAGAGCUUCCUGGCCCAGCGCAAAACUAGUGCCAAUGAAAUAUGCUACCACCAGUUCCACUACAAGAUGGAAGAUGUUAUAGUUAAUCAGUAUGUGCUUCGAUCCUCCUCCACUUCUUCCUCCACUUCCUCCUCCUCAUCUUCUGGGCCUGUGAUGCCUUGCGAGCCACUGGAUUGCCCAACCUGCGGACACACCUACAAUUUCACCGGUAAGCGCCCACGUAUCCUGUCCUGCCUGCACUCUGUGUGUGAGGAGUGCCUGCAGAUCCUCUAUGAGUCCUGUCCCAAGUAUAAGUUCAUCUCAUGCCCGACAUGCCGACGUGAAACAGUGCUGUUCACCGACUAUGGCCUGGCUGCUCUGGCCAUCAAUACCAGCAUCCUGAGCCGUUUGCCGUCUGACCCCAACGGGCCCGUGCAGUGGGGCGGGGAUGCCGACCGCAGCUGCUACCAGACUGUGCGCCAAUACUGCCAGUCAGCCUGCACCUGCCAGAUCGCCAACCCCUUGUCCUCUUGUGGCAUCAUGUAGACGAGGUGGGAAACUGCAGGCAUGAUUCAACACGGCCCGACUAUUUUCAUCUAAUCUCUCACCAUCCUGCCAAUCCCUUCUCUCACAUACAGUAAAUAAAUCUUCUCACAGAUCUUAUCUCUAUAUAUUUAAUAGCACAGAUGGAUGCUGUGUGGGACUAAUGGAUGGCAGCAGUUCAGUAAAUAAUAAAUAAAUGUAUUUUAUGUAUGGACUGAAAUCCUAUUCACCCUCUCUCGUUUGGUUGGAUGUGUUUGUCAUUGACGUCUCUUUACAUGGGAAUGCCAUGGGAGGACUGUCCCCCAACCUAGGUGAAUAAAGAUCAAAUAAAUGACUAAAUGAC